UUCAGGUUCUCUUAUCCCUCCUAGAAACCUUUCUCAACAUCCAUACAACAAACACAAAUUCACAACACCUUUCCAUCUCUCUCUCUCUCUCUCUCUCUCCACACCAAAAAGAAAAAACAUUAUAGAGAGCCAUACAAUUUCAAACACACUUCAUCAAAUCUUGUCACUCUUUCAAGACAAAAAAAACCUCAAUACCGUUAUGGAAACACAACAACAACAACAACAACAAAAUAUCAUAGAAAAACAACUUGAAGGAGAAAAAAACAACCAUUCAAUCCAAUUAUUAGAAUCCCCAAAACACCCUUCUUCAUCACCCUCUUCUUCCUCUUCACCUUCUCAUGAAUUCUCCUUCACAAUCUCUCUUCACUCUUCUUCCACAACAAUCCAUGACAAAUCCAAACCUCAACCUUCUUCUCUUGCACUUGAUUUAUCACCAGCUGAUGACAUUUUCUUCCAUGGUCAUUUACUUCCUCUUCACCUCCUCUCUCACUUCCCUUCAUCGCCUCGAUUUUCGACUAAUUCCAUGGACAGUUUCACUCUCCCUAUCAAAGAUUUAUUACUAGAAGAUGAAAAGACAAGAAAAGACAUUGGAAGCUGCAGCAACAGAGAACAAAACAACAAUAACAGAACAAAGGAAGAAAGUUACAACAAAUCAAACAACAAAAGUAGUAGUUUCUCAUUGUUUGGAUUAACAAAAGGAAAUUCAAAUUCAAAAGGGUGUCAUCAAGAGAAACAAAAAAAGAAACUUGGGUAUGAUAUGAUUCAUGCAUUGAAAAAAUACUUAAGAAUGGUGCAGCCACUAGUACUUUUCAGAGGAAAAAGAGAGAAAAAUCGAUUCCAUGGAGAAGCUUAUUCACGUUCAGGGAACUUAAUAAGAAAAAAUAAGCCAGAAGUAAGAGGAAGCAGAGGAGAAUAUUCAGCACCAGCUUCAAUGAGAACAUCACCAACAAAUAGUGGACUUUUGCUUGCAACAAGUGGUGCUAUUCCUUGUGGUAAUAAUAAUAAUGAUAGUACCAUGGAAGAGUUACAAGCUGCUAUUCAAGCUGCAAUUGCUCACUGUAAAAGUUCUAUUGCAAAACAAGAUAAGAUCAAUUGUUGAUAUAGAUAAUAAAUGGUAGAUAUAUAUUUUUAUUUUUUUUGUAUUUACUGUCAUAGCUUUCAUUUUUUAUGUUUUUGUAAUGUUUAAUUUACAUCUGAAAUUUAUCUCUGGUUACACUUGAAUAGUAUUAA